AUGCCAAGCUCAGACUCGAUGAACGGGAGCCAAGGUGGCAUGGUGAGGCGUAUAAUUGAUGCAUUUGACAGAGAAGAGAAAGGUUAUGGCUCGGAGACAGAGUCUUCAACACCACAAGCAAAUGGAUUAGCCGAUGGACCAGCAGACGCUCGAGUUAAUGGGCUAGUUAGUGUUCCAACCGAUGACCAGAUAAACGGCCAAACAAAUGGCCAGACAAACGGGACCCGGAGAACUGCAACCUCGUUAAGCCAGCCGCAUCUUCUAUCGACGCACUCCAAGCUUAGAACAUUCAGAGUUCUGACUGGUAUUGAUACACCUGCAGGCCUUGCCACAGCCAGCCUAGUUCGUCGGCCAGCUUCUAAUGUUGGCAUAUAUACCCGCGUCGUCAGCGCUGAGGCUCGAUAUAAGAGGGAAUACCGCUUUUUCACUCUGCUAAUAAGCUGUUGCUUGGGGAUACAGAUCAUUGUUGCAGCAGCACUUACGGCCCUGGGCGCUGGCAAUGGCCCGCGUGUCUUGAUUACUAUCUUUGGAGCAGUAAACACUGCCAUUGCUGGGUACUUGACGUAUUUGAAAGGGUCUGGCCUACCGAAUAGGAAGCGCUAUCACCAAUCACAGUAUAGCAAGAUAAGGCAGCACAUUGAACAACGAGAACGCGAUUUUUGCCUGGAAAACUGCGAACUAGAUGUCCUUAGGGAGAUUCGGCAUAUCCAACACAUGUACGAAGCGGUGCAAGAAGAUGUCGAGGCGAAUACUCCGGAAAGCUACUCCAGCGUUAAAAGAUUUCAAGCAAACCAACCAGCCCUUCCUCAAUCAGCCAUUAAGAAUGAAAAGGACGGGAUGUCACCAAAGGUGGAAAAGAUGAACAAUGGAGUCAACAUACCUUCACCAGUAGCAAAGGCAAGAGUUGCACCCUAG